CUACCUUGUGCAAUUAGCUGGAUAUUGGGGUGGUAAGACAUGAUUGACAGCGCUGAACUAUAUAAUCAUGUGUGUCCUAAGGCGAUGAGAUCUGAUUGGGUCCCAGCGUGCAUUCGAACCCCUUUACUUUUGUAUUAGCAUCUGUAUAAUGCAGGAAGCUCUCGCCCGUAUGGUGAAGUGUUGACCCCGAGCUUUACUGCCUUCCAAGUUUAUUUUUGUUAAGAAACUUUUCUUCCCCUCUCUCUAUCUACUUUCUCACUUUCACUCUGCCACACUCAUGGAUUUGUACCCGUUUGGAUUUGUGCUGUCGUUCCUAUUGAAUCCAAGCCACGGGCUAGCAGGCUAUCCGAUCUGGUGGUCUCUGGCACUGGGACACCAGUACUCGUCUCUUGGCUCGCAGCCCAUCCUGUGCGGUAGUAUCCCUGGCCUUGUUCCGAAGCAACUUCGCUUCUGCAGGAACUACAUUGAGAUCAUGCCCAGCGUAGCUGAGGGGGUCAAGAUCGGAAUCCAGGAGUGUCAGCAUCAGUUCAGGGGUAGGAGAUGGAACUGCACCACGGUCAAUGACAAUCUGGCUAUCUUUGGACCAGUACUAGAUAAAGCCACCCGGGAAUCUGCUUUUGUCCAUGCCAUUGCCUCAGCUGGAGUGGCAUUCGCCGUGACACGUUCCUGUGCUGAGGGUUCCAACACUAUCUGCGGCUGUGACUCACAUCACAAGGGCCCACCAGGCGAAGGCUGGAAAUGGGGAGGCUGCAGCGAGGAUGCUGAGUUUGGCGUACUGGUGUCCAGAGAGUUUGCUGAUGCCCGAGAAAAUAGGCCAGAUGCUAGGUCUGCAAUGAACAGGCACAACAAUGAAGCUGGACGAACGUCAAUACUGGAUCACAUGCACCUGAAAUGUAAAUGUCAUGGUUUGUCUGGGAGCUGUGAAGUGAAGACCUGUUGGUGGGCGCAGCCAGAUUUCCGGGUCAUUGGGGACUAUUUGAAGGACAAAUAUGACAGCGCCUCCGAGAUGGUGGUGGAGAAGCACAGAGAGUCCCGGGGUUGGGUAGAAACCCUUCGUGCAAAAUAUGAACUCUUUAAGCCCCCAACUGAGCGAGACCUUGUGUACUAUGAAAACUCACCAAACUUUUGCGAGCCGAAUAUAGAGACAGGAUCCUUUGGGACCAGGGACAGGAUCUGCAAUGUCACCUCCCAUGGGAUUGAUGGCUGUGAUUUGCUCUGCUGUGGCCGUGGACAUAACACCAGGACGGAGAAACGCAAGGAAAAAUGUCAUUGCAUAUUCCACUGGUGCUGCUACGUCAGUUGCCAGGAAUGCAUUCGAGUGUACGAUGUACAUACGUGCAAAUAACAGGAUACACAAACACAAGUAAGAUCACACAAUCUGGAAUCUUCCAGGUAUUGCUGGGGCAAAACAAAAAUGGCGCACUUUACUGUGCAUGUACAUUGCAGAAAUGAAUUCUGGGAAAUGUAGUCUUUUCAGCAAUCUAUUCAGUUUCUUUGGAGCUUCAUAAAAAAUCAUAGUCCGAACCAAAAAGCACAAAGUAAAAGAGGCAUGCAAAGUUCGUUACUUGAUCUAAAAAAUGCUAUGUUGGGAUGACUUACACUCAAUUUAAAAUUACAGAUUUUCAUUUAUAAUUGAUGAAAAAAAAGCAAAAAAUUUCCUAAAGUUGCCUCCAAGUUUUCCAUUGGUACAACAAUUUGUUUAUUGUUUUCUACUGUUGCCAGUGUUAUUGGGGUCGAUUAAAAUGGCAACCUGCUCAACAGAUAGUGAUGGAAUGGAAGAAUUCCCCAGCACUGUCAAUAUUUUGCUGGAUCCCCAGUUGCAACUGGGUUGCCUUAGGCAUCCCAUCCCAGAACUGACAAACAAAUACAAAUACCAUUGGAAUAUGAUCUUCCCAUGGUUUCAGACUUACCACUGGGGCAGAGGUGAAAGAAAGGAUGCUACCACUAUAGUAUUCAUAAAUGACAUAUACAUUAUGUAAAUUUUCACAGAGUUAACAUCAGAAGUGUCAAUAGGACUUUCUGGAAGCUCUAGAGAGUGGGGUCCAUAAAGGAUGCUGAUUGUUAGACAUUUCUACAGUAAUGACAUUUGAAGAAAUGUUUUUAAAAAAGUCUCCCAAAUUUAAUCAAAGAACUUUUACCUUUUUAAUUGUCAAAGAUAUAUGUAUUCAUAUAUUUGUUUAAAAUAACAACAAACUACUUUAGGAUGGCAAGUAUUUGAGAAAUAAGUUUCAAAACUUGUAAUCCUGAGGAUAAUGCAUCUUUAAGUCAGUCCCAAAUUAGUUUGAUUUGCUACAUUGAAUCCUAAAGUAAUUUGUCCAUUUCUGAAAUUAUACCCCUUCAAACAUGUGAGUAAACACUACAACCCCCAGAAUCCUUUUCAUACCACAAUGGCCCUCGUGCCUUCAGUUGGCUGCAGAUACAAGCUGUGAUAUUAACAUUAAGAACAGCUUAAGUCUUCCAGCCUGAUGUUUAUUCCAUCCUCACAUCUUCAUAACAAAACUUCCUGUGUUUUUAAGAAUGAUGACUAUAUCACACGUCACACCUGAUGUUAGUAUUAAUGCUACCUGCAAUUCUCAUCUCCCAAUCACACUUUAUCAAAAUGAUUGAAUAUUGAGGUUUGAGUGGAUCUGGUGGCUAAUAUGCAGCUGUUAUGGAUAUGACUUCCUCUUUACUGGGACCUUGAUCCACCACUUAAGAGUAAUUUUACUUACAUACAAUGUGCCUUCUUUCUGUGAAAGAAAAAAAAAGAGAUGGGAUAAGUUAAAGAAGCAAGGUGGGAAUUCAUUGUUAAGCCCCAUGGACACCUUUCCCAGAAUGAGUGAGUAGUUAGUUCAAGCAAAGGGCGUUGACAUCCUGUGCUCUAAAAAUUAAUCAAAAGCCUGCAGUAUUUAUCGUAGUAUUUUUCUACCUUGUAGCCCAGAAUUACUAGCUCCAAGUUGAACCUGUAUUGCAAGUUGCUAUAUCCAAAGUUUUGUACAAAUUAGAUGUUUGACCCUUUGAUUUUAUAUUCUUAAAGCCUAUGUUUUUAUAAUUAUUUAUUGCACAGUGUGUAUAUAUAUGACUCAACUGAGAUUAUAUAUUUGCAGAAAGUGUCUUAUCUGCUGUUUCUAGUUUAUAAACUUGCCAUGGUGGCUUAAAGGCAGCGUGAGUUACAUUUACUAUCAUGCUUCACAGUGCAGGAUUCACAGGCAGCUCUCUAGAAGCGGAUGUUAAAUGUAUAACCUCUCCUGUCAGUGUACAUAUUCCUCUCUUAGUCUUAGAAAUAGCUA